AUGGUGAUGAAAAUGUUCUCCUUUCUACUGGGUUCAGUUCUUCUGGGCUUGGUUGGAGCUCCAGACUUGGAAUCCGUCCAAGUCCAGGUCCUCCAAGACCUCAAUAAGGCACUCCAAACGGAGCUCAAUGUGUUCAUCGAUUUUGAGUGUUCCGAGUGUUCCUCAGAGAUACUCCGCAAACUGGACACCCCGAGAGUUCUACUCUCUUCCAACUCGAGCCAAGCUAGAGAUCUUAGACUUCGAGGAAACUUCACGGAGAGAGCUCUAAUCAUUGUAAGUGUGAAGGAGUCUGGACCCGAACUGAAUCAACUGGUUGCCAUUCUCCUGCCACGAUUGUUGCACGAGCUCCAUGAGCUGCACAUAGUGUUCCUGGGCAAUGAAGAACCAGGAUUUGCGCAACAGAACCUCUACGCUUACUGCUUCAAGGAGGGAUUCGUGAAUGUGAUUCUGUUGAGGGGGAAGCGCUUGCACAGCUACCUACCGUAUCCGCGCAUUCAACCGAUGAGCCUAUCAAACGUAUCCGAGUAUUUGAAUCGCGCAAGGAUCAUUCGAAAUUUUCAAGGCUAUCCCGUGCGCACACUUCGAAGCACACUAGCUCCUCGGGACUUCGAGUACUUCAACGACCAGGGUGAUUUGGUGCGAGCAGGAUACUUGUUCACGGCGGUCAAGGAGCUGGCGUAUCGCUAUAACGCCACUAUCGAAAGUGUACCCAUACCCGACUUGCCGGAAUACGAAGUAUACACGGCUGUUUCUGAUAUGCUACGCACAAAAAGGCUCGACAUUGUUUGCUACUUCAAAGAUUUCAACUUGAACGUGGCCUACACAGCACCACUUUCGAUUAUCGACGAGUACUUCAUGGCUCCCCACGCCCGUCCGAUCUCCAGUUAUCUGUACUACUCGAAACCCUUCGCCUGGACCCUUUGGGUGGUCGUGAUUUCGACUGUACUGUAUGGAACCCUGAUGCUGCAUCUGACCGCGCGACGGGCACGAAUCGAGAUUGGCACGUGCCUGCUGUACAGCCUCAGCCACAUCCUGUACAACUGCCACCAGAGAAUCAGAGUUGCGGGCUGGAGGGACAUGGCUAUCCAUGCCAUUCUAACGAUCGGAGGCUUCAUACUGACCAACGUCUACUUGGCCACGCUCUCCAGCAUCCUCACAUCCGGGCUGUACGACGAGGAGUACAACACGCUGGAAGAUCUGGUCAGGGCUCCCUACCCCAGUCUGCACGACGAUUACUACAAGAGUCAGAUGCAGAAGAAAACCUUCCUACCCGAGCGCUUUCGCAUGAACAGCAUGACUUUGAACGCCACCCUACUGAAUGCGUACCGAGAUGGCCUCAACCAGAGCUACAUCUACAUGUUGUACGAGGAUCGCCUGGAGCUGAUCCUGAUGCAGCAGUACCUGCUGAAGACGCCGCGCUUCAACAUGAUUCGCCAGGGCGUGGGGUACACCCUCGAGUCCUACUGUGUGUCCACGAGCUUGCCGUACUUGGAGCUGACCAGCGAGUUCAUGAGGCGCCUGCAGGAGCACGGCAUCACCAUCAAAAUUAAGGCGGACACUUUCCGGGAGCUUAUCCAGCAGGGAAUCUACACCCUGAUGCGGGAUGAUGAACCUCCGGCUAAGGCAUUCGACCUGGACUAUUACUUGUUCGCCUUUGUUUUGUGGGCUGCGGGAUUGGGUUUGUCUCUGCUAGUUUUUUUCGUGGAGUUCGUAAGCAGUUGCUUACCUCGUUAA